UGAGUACGAUAAGGCAUAACACAAACAAUCCUGCAAUCACUGGAGGCCUCUCAUGGCCAUUAAAAGUCAGUAGUUCAACCGAAGAGUGGUUCUCCAACUCUCAAGUCUAUAUAGGCCUCCUUCCUUCAAGAGGCCCUCGUAAACAUCACUACAGUUAAUAAAGUGCAUUGUGGUCAGGAAGCAAACAGCGGCGAGUCGCUAACUCCGCCAUGCAGAAGCCGCGCGCCCGGACACCGCCCCGCGGCAGCAGCGGCGGCAGCGGCAGCGCCGGGGAUGAGCGUUUAUGAUCAUGUGCGGCGACGCUUAUGUUAUUGUUAGUGGGAGGGGAGCACAUGUCUUCUAAGUGAAAUUACGCUCGGAGGCUAGAGCCGUUUUUUUUUUUUUUUUUUUUUUUUUUUUUGUAUUGUUGCCGAUGCCCCGCCUCUGAUGGUAGCCUUAAACCUGGCACCCGGCUAAAACAAACCAAAGCCAGCACCGAGCUCCCCACUCAAUCCAAUUAAAGGCGCGACUUGAGGCGCUCUCCUACGUGUUCAUCUACUAGGAUCGACGUUGAGACAACAGGAACCAGAGGGGCUUUGGCCAAAUAAAAAAAAAAAAAAAAAGGAGAGGAGAGAAGAGAAGGGGGAGAGAGAAGAGAAGGAGAGAUUGCCUUGCCUUCUAAUUUCUCCCUCUCCAAGCCACAGAACAAUGUCGAUGAGCCCUAAGCAUACGACUCCUUUUUCUGUUUCCGAUAUCUUGAGUCCCCUUGAGGAAAGCUAUAAGAAAGUAAGUAUGGAGAAUAACAACUUGGGGGCACCUCUCGCUUCUUACCGGCAGCCGCAGGUCUCUCAGGCGGCGAUGCAGCAGCACCACAUGGGCCACAACGGGACUGUGUCAGCGGCUUACCACAUGACUGCGGCGGGUGUCUCUCAGCUGUCACACACUGCCAUGGGGGGCUACUGCAACGGCAACCUGGGCAACAUGGGCGAGCUGCCGGCGUACCAGGACGGGAUGAGAGGCAGCGCCACGGCCACCGGCUGGUACGGAGCCAACCCGGACCCGCGCUUCUCCACCAUCUCUCGCUUCAUGGGCUCCUCGUCGGGCAUGAACAUGGGCAGCAUGGGCAGCCUCAGCUCCCUGGCAGACGUGGGCAAAGGCAUGGGCUCCCUGUCCAGCACUCCGAGGAGAAAACGGCGGGUGCUUUUCUCCCAGGCGCAGGUCUACGAGCUGGAGCGCCGCUUCAAGCAGCAGAAGUACCUGUCGGCUCCGGAGAGGGAGCACCUGGCGAGCAUGAUCCACCUCACGCCGACCCAGGUGAAGAUCUGGUUCCAAAACCACCGCUACAAGAUGAAGAGGCAGGCCAAAGACAAAGUGUCCCAGCAGCAGAUGCAGCAGGAGAGCGGCUCCUGCCAGCAGCAGCAGCAGCAGCAACAGCAGCAACAGCAGCAGUCCCCGCGGAGGGUGGCCGUGCCGGUGUUGGUAAAAGACGGCAAGCCGUGUCAAGGCAGCGGCCAUACGCCCACGUCCUCGGCGCAAACGCACCACCAACAGGGAGGCAACGUCAUGAUCAUGUCCAACAACGCGUCCGGGCUCGGGCAGCACCAGAGCCAGCAGGUGGGCAGCACGGGUCACUCCCCGGACUUGGCGCAGCACUCCUCCAGCCCGCCGUCUCUGCAGAGCCAGGUGGCCGGCCUCUCCCACCUGAACUCCCCCGGAGCGGAGUACGGCUCGGCCUUACAGUGCUCGGCCCUGUUGUACGGCAGGACGUGGUGACGAGACGCAGCGGCUGUGGUUCAAAUUCCCUCCGCGGUGAAAAGAGAGGCACGUCGCAGCACACAUGCACGCAUUUGAACAAAAAAAAAAAAAACGAAGAAGAAGAAGAAAAGAAAAAACUCCAGGUGCAUCUUUUUAUUCUACAAGGAAACUCUUGCGGAAGAAACUUUUCCCAUAAACUGUGGAUGUGAACGUCCUGGGAUUUAUUUAUGUAAAUUAUAUAAAGAGACAAAAGAAGAUCGUUGCGGUAGACUGAUAGUUGGGGUACACCUGACCCUGAGCAGGGACGCACACACACACACACACACACACACACACACACACACACACACACACACCCACACACACACGCACGACUGGACUGCCGUGAAACCCAAUGCGCCUCUGCUUUCUAAUAGAAUUUAAUGUGAGCCGUAGGUCUAGCGUGUACAUUUCUGUAAAAGGUUUGAAUUCUAGCUUUGUUGUACAAACUUUUUUGACGCUAUUGCUGGUUUGUUGUGGUUUCCCCGGUAUUUGUACGUUUUAUUUCUUUGUAACUUAUAUAGAUAUUUGACUUACUACAAAAACAGUCCUAUUAAUAAAUUAUGGAAACGAGA